AUGCCUGCGGGCAUGUCCUGGCCUAGUUAUCUGAAAAUGGCAGCGGCCAGCCUCCUGGCCAUGUGUGCCAGUGCCCAAGUGGUGCACAGUUACUACCGGCCCCACCUGACAAGACCUGAAAGUCCACCAAAGCCUGGAGAACUCAAAACAGAGCUCUUGGGACUAAAAGAGAGACAACACAAACCUCAGGUCGCAGAGCAAUAAAAACUGUGGAACUCAAUGAUGCCAAGAAUUUUGUGAAUGGAAGUCUUAAAUAUGUACUAAACAUGACUUAUUGUGUCAAACUACUUGUGGCUAAGCACCUAAUGCUAUGCUAAUAGUGAAUUGGUGCUUUGUCUAUAUUCACU